GAGAAUCGGACGGGUUUGAUUGAUGCUAUGCUAUGCUAUGCUAUGCUAGCUAUGCUUUUGGGGUGUAUGGAUGGAUGAAGGAUGGAUGGAUGGACUGGCUGGCUGCAGGCUUGAGAGAGGUGUGUAUUUGUGUUUUGCGGUGUGAUGGGGUUUUUGUGCAUGGCGUGGGUGGAUCUUGUGGUUUGCGCGCGUGAGUGUUGUGUGUGCGUGUGUGUGUGUUGUGUGUGCGUGUGUGUGUGUUGUGUGUGCGUGUGUGUGUGUUGUGUGUGGGUGGAUAUUAGGCUUGACUGGGAUUUUGUGGUGAAUGGAUGGAUAGAUGGGUGGAUGGAUGGCGUGCCUCCUCCCCUCGUGAUUCAUGGGGUUUCCUUUUUUCAUGGUUGUCUUCUGCGAUGUCGGUACUGUGGUUCUAUGCUGGCUAGCUCUUCCAUUCGAUGGAUGGCUAACCUACUGGCGACGAGGCGCCAGUCUACUACAUUCAUGGCUUGGGCCAACAUAUCAAGCACGCCAACAUGAGCUCAGCGUUACGUCUGUAUCGACGGAUGCCGAGUACAUCAUUGGCCGGUAGCUGCUCUAUGGAUGCUAAAUGAACAGACGAAAGAAAUGCGGUCAGUCAGCCACGUC